AGCACCCGAACAUAGUCCGCUUCUACAACUACUGGGAGGGCGUCGUGGCCAAGAAGAAGAACAUCGUGCUCAUCACGGAGCUCAUGCUGUCCGGGACACUUAAAGCGUGAGUUGACUGUUACUGCUGUCUCCCUCAGUGGAUAUGUUGGAGAAACUGCAGCACCCGAACAUAGUCCGCUUCUACAACUACUGGGAGGGCGUCGUGGCCAAGAAGAAGAACAUCGUGCUCAUCACGGAGCUCAUGCUGGCCGGGACACUUAAAGCGUGAGUUGACUGUUACUGCUGUCUCCCUCAGUGGAUAUGUUGGAGAAACUGCAGCACCCGAACAUAGUCCGCUUCUACAACUACUGGGAGGGCGUCGUGGCCAAGAAGAAGAACAUCGUGCUCAUCACGGAGCUCAUGCUGUCCGGGACACUUAAAGCUUACCUUCGAAGAUUCAAGCGAAUCAACCCGAAAGUGCUGAAGUCCUGGUGCCGGCAGAUCCUCAAGGGGCUCAACUUUCUACAUUCUAGGACUCCUCCUAUAAUCCAUAGAGAUCUGAAAUGCGAUAAUAUCUUCAUAACUGGCACGACAGGCAGUGUCAAGAUCGGCGACCUCGGCCUCGCCACGCUCAAGAACCGCAGCUUCGCCAAGUCUGUCAUCGGCACCCCCGAAUUCAUGGCGCCCGAGAUGUACGAGGAGCACUACGACGAGUCCGUGGACGUGUACGCGUUCGGCAUGUGCAUGCUGGAGAUGGCCACCGGCGAGUACCCCUACUCGGAGUGCAGCGGGCCCGCGCAGAUAUACAAGAAAGUCGUCUCGGUGAGCACCUUAUGUGGUCGAAUGUCGAGUGACAGUGGACGUUCGUUCGGCAUGUGCAUGCUGGAGAUGGCCACCGGCGAGUACCCCUACUCGGAGUGCAGCGGGCCCGCGCAGAUAUACAAGAAAGUCGUCUCGGUGAGCACCUUAUGUGUAUAG